AUGGAGCUCCAGUUCCAGCAGCAGCCACAAAGCCAUCCCCAGCAGCAAUGCAGCUACCAGCUGCCAGUCACAAAGGAAACCAAGCCCAAAGUGAGAACCAAAUGCGGUGGCGGCGGCAGCAAGUUCGUGGGCGUCAGGCAGAGGCCCUCCGGGAGGUGGGUGGCUGAGAUCAAGGACACCACCCAGAAGAUCCGGAUGUGGCUGGGCACGUUCGAGACCGCCGAGGAGGCGGCGCGGGCCUACGACGAGGCUGCCUGCCUCCUCAGGGGCGCGAACACGCGCACCAACUUCGCCGCCGGCGCACACGCCUCGCCGCCGGACUCGCUGCUUGCGGCGAGGAUCCGCGGCAUCCUCAACCACAAGAAGCUGAAGAAGAACACAGCCUUGCCUACCGUCACCUUCUUCCCCGCAGCUUACCACCGUGCUGGCCAUGACGCAAUCGCCACAGCCGCUGCAACUAGCAGCACUAGCACCAGCACCAUCACCACGACCACCAGUGGUGUCAGUCCCAGUAGCAGUCCUAGCUCCAGCAUCAACUUCUCCAUGAGCAGCAAUGGCAUUCGCGCUCCCAUCCUCCCUGCUCGAAGCAUCGCCGAAGAAGUCUACAGGCCAUACUUGAUCAGCGGAAGCGAAGAGCUCCAGAUGGCCUCGCAGCAGUACGAGCAAUCAUGGGCACUCAACACCAGUUCACCAUCGACGAUUGGAUGCGACAUGGCUAACAACAAUGCUUGCACGGCGGUCGCAGACGCAGAGCUAAAGAUUAAGCCGGAGAAGCAUUGCUCUGUGUCACCCCAUGGCAUGGACAAAGUUCAGGACAAGGAUUUAUUCGACACGGGAAAUGAUCCAUCUGACUCCUUGUGGGAUCUGCCACCUAUUUGCCCUCUGUCUUGCAGGUCUUUGAUGUAUUAG